GUUGAGAAGGCACAUUAAAUUUGUCAUCGUGAUUGUCUAGUUGGAACCUCCUCCUUCCUCCUGAGUGAGUAAGAUGGUGUUAAAUUAUCCCCUCUUGAGUUGGGGUGCGAAGUAACAGUAUGAUCCUAAAGCCCCAUAUCGUUGCCCUCGCCCUCCCUUCCAAAUUCGCAUUCCCUCACACCACCAAACCCUCCCUCACCACUUGCCUCAUCCCACACUUCUCCGCUACCCCUCUCUCCUACGGACCCUCCCUCCGCAAGGGCACCGCCCCCUCCCAACCCCCUCCCAACCAAAACGACGCCGUCCUCCGCGAAGAAGCCUUCACCCGAGUCUUCCUCCUCGCCGCGCUCCGCGUCCCCGCCGCCGAAUGCUCCGCCCUCGAAGCCCGCCUCCGCGGCCACCUCCUCAACUGGCCCCGCGUCCGCAACAUCGCCCGCGUCCCCGGCGACGACGUCCACCCCGACCUCGCCCCGCUCCUACCUCACCCAAUUAGCGCCGACCAAGAGGAAGACGAAAGCCGUCUCGUCGCGCUUCAACGCCGCAUCCACGGCAAGGCGGACGCCGACGGCCACGUUCUGAGCCCCGUCCUGUACCGCGAGAGGCUCGCCAGGACGUUCAACUCGCGCGGGUUCGUGAAGUUCCGCCACCUCGCGAAGAUUUCGCGGCCGAAUAGGAAUAAGAAGAGGAGGAAGAAGAAGGAGGAGGAUGAAGGCGUUAAGCGCGUUGGGGAGAACGGUUCGGCUGCGGUUGAGGUUGUUGAGGACGAGGACGAGGAAGAAGAAGAAGGUGGUUUGAGGAAGUUGCUGGGAGAAGAGUUUGCGAGGAGCAAGUGGAGAGGCUCCACGCGGUUGCUGCUUCUGGAUGAACGCUACGCGAGUCGCGGCGUGGAGGAGUUGCCUGAGGCAAUUAAGGCUGUUUUGAAGGAGUAUGCAGAAAAGAGUACAACUUUGACCUUUGAGCUAGUUAGAUGCAAGUUGACACUAUUCUAUAAUUACUGGCAGAUGACUGAGGUCUUGGAGGCCUUGCUGCCUGAGGGAAUGAUUGUUCCUUCAGCUUUUGAGACUGUUGGUCAUAUUGCCCACUUAAAUUUGAGAGACGAACAUUUACCAUACAAGAGGCUAAUAGCAAAGGUUGUGCUAGAUAAAAAUAAGCCAAGGAUACAAACAGUUGUCAACAAGAUUGAUUCCAUUCAAAAUGAGUACAGGACAAUGCAGCUUGAGGUUUUAGCAGGAAACCACUCCCUUGUGACUACAGUAGUUGAGAAUGGAAUUCGCUUUCAGGUUGACUUAGCAACAGUAUAUUGGAGUUCUAGGCUUGGAACUGAAAGGCAAAGGCUUCUGAGUGGUUUUACACAGAAUGAUGUUGUCUGUGAUGUUUUCUCUGGAGUUGGUCCUCUAGCCAUACCUGCAGCAAGGAUAGUUAAGCGUGUUUUUGCUAAUGACUUAAAUCCUUAUGCAGUUGAGUAUUUGGAAAGAAAUAGUGUUCUAAACAAACUCGAGAGGAAGAUUAAGGUCUUUAACAUGGAUGGAAGAAGGUUCAUUAAGGCUAUGUAUGCCAGUGAUGUAUCUCAGUCCAUCACACAAGUGGUUAUGAACUUGCCAAGUGAAGCUGCAGAAUUUCUAGAUGCAUUUCGGGGAAUAUACAAAGAUAGACCCGAGGGUGGGGAACUUACUUUGCCAAUGAUCCAUGUUUAUGGAUUCUCCAAAGCGCGAGAUCCAGAAUUUGAUUUUCACGAGAGAAUAAGAAUUGCGCUGUUAGAGGUAGCAGUCAACGUAGACAUGCGACGGGUACGACUUGUUGCUCCUGGAAAAUGGAUGUUGUGCGCAUCAUUUAUUCUCCCUAAAACUGUAGCAUUUGCUAAUACCGCACUUGAUGCCUAAAUAAACACUAGUAUUUAUAUUGUCAUUUAUUCAUGGCACGGAGUAAAAUUUGUUCCAUUUUGUUAGUUGGCUAAUUUGAUAUUGUGUAUAUAUAUGUAACAUGAGUAUUUAUUGAUUUAAUUUUUCAACCCCAGAUAUUGGAAAAAUAGCCCAUAAUAUUGAAUUGUAAGAGCUGCAAGCGGGAAUUUCCCGAGUUUUAAA